GCGCACUCAGCACCCAUAGCCAAACUCAUACCGCUUGUUCUUCUCUCUCUACUCUGUACACUCUGCAACUUGCCCUCUCACUCUCAGUCGAGGCCUGGGGCAAUGGCGGCGGAAUCCAUAGCAAGGCUACCGUGGACAAUCUCCUCCUCCAUCGACCACCGCCUUCCGCGGCGCGGAGGUUUAUUCUGUGCCUCUCACAGUCACACCUUGGCAGCUCCAGCCAGAAAUUGCGUCUCGACGCAAUCCGAUCUGCUGCUCUCCAAGAGCUCGCUUCGGAAAUCCCUGCCCCCGCUAAAGGCGUUGGUGGCGUCGGAAACUUUGGAUGUUGCAACGACGCCGAUCAACGGCGAUGAUAAAGUCGGAGUCUUGCUGCUUAACCUCGGUGGGCCCGACACUCUCGACGACGUCCAGCCCUUCUUGUUUAACCUCUUCGCCGACCCGGAUAUCAUUAGACUGCCGAGGUUGUUUCGGUUUCUUCAGAAGCCAUUGGCGCAAUUUAUAUCCGCACUGAGGGCGCCAAAGAGCAAAGAAGGCUACGCCUCCAUUGGUGGCGGCUCUCCUCUGCGACGAAUAACUGAUGCACAGGCAGAAGAGUUGAGGAAGGCCCUUUAUGCGAAGGAUGUCCCGGCAAAAGUGUACGUGGGAAUGCGUUAUUGGCAUCCAUUUACUGAAGAAGCUAUAGAAGAGAUUAAAAGAGAUGGAAUUACAAAGCUUGUUGUCCUUCCACUUUAUCCGCAAUUUUCAAUAUCGACUAGUGGUUCAAGCCUUCGGCUCCUGGAGAGUAUAUUCCGGGAGGAUGAAUAUCUUGUCAACAUGCAGCACACAGUUAUACCAUCUUGGUACCAGCGUGAAGGGUACAUAACGGCAAUGGCAAAUUUGAUUGAAAAAGAGCUUCAGCGUUUUGACAGCCCUGAGGAGGUAAUGAUAUUCUUUAGCGCACAUGGGGUGCCACUUGCAUAUGUGGAAGAGGCUGGUGAUCCAUACAAGGCUGAGAUGGAGGAAUGCAUAGAUUUGAUAAUGGAAGAGUUGGAAACGAGAAAGAUAACUAAUGCGUACACCCUUGCCUAUCAGAGCAGAGUUGGACCUGUGGAGUGGUUAAAACCUUACACGGAUGAGACAAUAAUUGAGCUUGGGCAGAAGGGAGUUAAAAGGUUGCUGGCAGUCCCAAUAAGCUUUGUCAGUGAGCAUAUUGAAACUCUAGAAGAAAUCGAUGUUGAGUACAAAGAAUUGGCUCUGAAAUCUGGUAUAGAGGUUUGGGGGCGUGUUCCCGCACUAGGAUGUGAACCCACCUUCAUUUCCGACUUGGCAGAUGCGGUGAUUGAGAGCUUGCCAUAUGUUGGAGCUAUGGCAGUCUCACAUAUUGAAGCUCGACAGUCUUUAGUUCCACUUGGGAGUGUGGAAGAGUUGUUAGCGACAUAUGAUUCACAGCGUAGGGAGCUACCGGCACCUGUGACAGUUUGGGAAUGGGGUUGGACAAAAAGUGCCGAGACUUGGAACGGAAGAGCAGCUAUGUUGGCAGUGGUGGUUCUUCUGGUCCUAGAAGUCACCACCGGGGAAGGGUUUCUGCACCAAUGGGCUGUCCAGGUGCAGCACUCUGUGGGGAAAAAAGUUGAAAACUUGUAUGAUGUAUAAAUCGUCUGUAAUUCGUAUCGCACAAUGUUCUGUGAAAGUUUUGAGCUCUACUUUGACACGUUUUCUUGGGGUUGAACUCUCGUUGUUCAAUGGCAAGAAGCUAGCCUAAAUUCAAAUAUUCAAAGCAAUUUGUGCACUUAGGCAGAUGAUUACUGGUUGAGUAGGAACCAACCUUACAUGGUUUUUGGUUAUUUUUGUCUA